CUGAGAAAAAGAGAAUGCUGUCCACAUUCCAGCUCAGUUAAAGCCAAAAACCAUGUUUAGAUUAGAUUAAGUGCUAGUGUAGGAUUUAAAGAGAAGGGACAACUUAAUUUCUUCAAAUUUCAUCUGCACUUUGUUUCUUUUUAACAUAUUUCCUAGUUCAAGAGAUUCCGAAAGGAUAUCUUCAUACAAUCUGUGAUUGCUUUUUUGUGCAAUCAGAGCCUUUUUUUCUUUCGAAGGAAAAAUCUAUACACUUUCUCACAUAGUUUUUUUUUAUCCCAGUGGAAACUGAAGACGGGGCAAUUGAGCAAUUAAAAAAACCAGUGCCAACCAGUGUUUAAUACAGAUUUAAACACAUAUUUUUAUGUGAUUUUGUCAGACAAAGGAAAUUGUCUAUGAUGACUUUACCACCAUUACCUUACGACUAUGAUUAUAUCUCCAAUGACAGUGAAACAAACAAUAAUCCAUUCAUUGACAACAGUCUUCCAGGAGAACUUAAUGUAACGGAGAAGAAGGUACCUCUGAAGUAUAUGUACGCAGUCCUAUACUCCAUGGUCUUCCUGCUAGGAGUGUCUCUGAACAUCUUAGUCAUCUGUAUGACAUGCAAGAUGAAGAAAACAACCAGUACCAUCUGGUUCCUUGGCUUGGCUGUCACAGACUUCAUAUUCUGCCUCUUUUUGCCCUUUGCCAUCAUCUAUGCACUAUACGACUUCAAUUGGGUCUUUGGGCUCAUCAUGUGCAAGCUGAAUUCCUACGUCAUGUUCAUCAGCAUGUUCUCCACUGCCUUGAUUCUGACCUUGCUCAGCAUUGACCGGUGCUUCUCAGCCAUAGCUGAUGGCUGUGUUCGAAAAUGCUGCACAGCUCUGACAGCCACCAAUAUGGUCUGGGCCACGUGGUUUGCCUCUGCAAUAUUAAGCACUCCAUCGCUGGCGCUACGUGACAUUGCCAAUAAAUCUGGGAAAACAGUCUGUUAUGACAACUAUGGGUCUGGAUUCUUGAACAUCAACACCGUGGAAGGUGAAAUUAGAGUUAAAACUGUUAUUGCCACCAGAUUUAUUUUUGGUAUAGUACUUCCUUUAUUUAUUAUUUGUUUAGGCUCCUGUUUGGUAUCAUUCCCGAAGAACAGCUAUAGGUUCAAGUCCUCCCGAACUUAUCGAAUUGUCCGUGUGAUGAUCUUCCUGUACUUCUUGUGCUGGGCACCCUAUCACGUGUUCAUGCUCAUGGCUCUCAAUGCUCCAACGUACAUGCACAAAAUAUUUGCUUACGGGUUGCCCAUUACUACAGUGCUGGCAGUAGCAAACAGCUGCAUCAAUCCAAUCGUCUACAUCUUCAUGGGUGGCGACCUCAAGAUGUCUUGGAUGGAGGAUGCGUUUUUCACAGGGGUGCAGGAUAGCGGAGAAGAAAAAAGUGCAGAAGAAAUGAAACCCUUAAAGAAAAAUGACACUGAGGCACAGAAGUGAUUCUGACUGAUCCUUUUUACAUUGCUAACUUGCGUUCAGCAUAUUACAGAUAAACAUGAAUUCAUCCUAAAUAUUUUCUAAUAUAUAAAGGAGAGUGUUACUGGAGAAAUCUAAAUAUUUCACCUCCUUUUUCAAUUACUACAAGUCAGCCGGUAAUUUUAAGAUAUAGAAUUAAAGGUGAAUUUUAAGUUUUCUUGUUGGUUUUCUUCAGAAGCUUUGCUUAUAAAACAACCAGCAAGAAACUUUUUUGACAGGUAAUGUAGUAAUAGAUUUAAAAAUGAGGAUGUUUUUUUCUCUGAUUAUCACUAAAAAGAAAUGGCAAGCCGUGAAUGUAGAAUUGUAGUAAAGCUGGAGAAAAUUUUGAAAACAAUGUAUGUUUUGUAUGACUAAUGUAAUAACUGAGGCAGUGCUAGGCUAUUUUCUAAUCAUCAUUAAUAUGCAUGUAAUGUAAUUAAUCAUGUAAUCAAUAUUUAAAUCACAUGGAACAAAAUCUUUAAAAACAUAAAAUCAAAAACUCAAAACAAAUUCUUAAGUAUAUUAUAUAAAGUGUUUCAGUAUAUAGUCAAUCACAUCUCAAUCUAAUCAAAUCGAACUGAAUCGUUGCUGUGUAAUUAAUGGGUUUGAAAUCUGCUGCAUGUAUUUCUACAAAAGUUGUGUACACAAGAAAAAUGUGCGUUCUCACAAAUAACAGUAAGACUUAGGCAGAGCUUGUCCAUUUCCACUAAACUGUUAAUCACAAAUGUAUGUUACUGUAUGUGCUUUUAUUAACAUCCUUUUUAUCGAAUGGAAAAUGAAUCUAUCAACUAAAAGAUGAAUCACAGAAAUUCUGGAAUAAAAUAAUUAUUAAAUGCUAGACCACAAGCAACCAAAACAACCUUUAGCAUUCAAAUAUCAGCUUUUUUUCUGAUUAUUGUUUUUCUCUAAAAAACCCGAAAAGUCAUGCACCAAAAUCAUCAUUCCAAUUUGAUUAACAGAUUUGAAUGGAUUUAUAUAGUACUCACAAAGAGAUUUACACUUGUGGCCUUCUGGUCUAAAAGGGUAAAAAAAGAAGCAAAUUGUACCCCCUUAUGUGUUUUUAAUAAUUAUAACAAUGAUUUAAAAAAACUGAAUGGUGGGCUCUAAAUUUUCAAAGUGAUACAAUCAUUUUCCUUUAAUUGAGUAAUAAAGGGAACAAUUAUUUGUACUGUGAUUGCAACAUUGUAAUAAAAUAUAUCACAUUUUUAUUGUAUAACUUCUUUGUUUACUAUUAAAUACCAUAUUUUGUUUACAUUUUCUCUAAUAAAAUUUG